UCCUAAACCAACUGAAUGCUAACACGUGUAUGUACGGAAGGAAAUUCUGUAGGUGGAAGAACGGAGGCAAAGCUCACACAGGGAGUAGCUGAGGACGCCCACACUCAAUCCCUUGAAGACCAAAUUGUCACGAAAGCGCUCCACUGCGUAACCGCCAAAAGGUUGAGAAAAAUCCUUUUUGAAGAAUCCGAGAUAUCCCUCCCAAACACAGUUGCGUGUAAAAUAACAAAGAAGCGUCCGAGCCAAGAAAUCAUCCUCCAUUUGUUUAUCUCUUGGCUUUUAAUCCAAUCACGCAUUUCUCUCUCUUUCUCUCUAUAUAUAUAUAUUAGGAUCUUUCUUUUCGGUCUAAAUCAAGCUCUCAAAGCUAGUUAUUACUGUGUCUCAAUUUCUCUCUACCGACAAGACACAUUCCUUCCAAAGAAUCACAGAUCCUUCUUCCAAAGGCUGCUUCUUGGUUAUGCCUAUCCGGCACUCGAGUGUUACAAAACUGUGGAGAAGAACAGGGUCGGGAUCGAAGAACUCCGAUUUUGGUGUCAAUAUUGGAUCAUUGUGGCUAUACUUACAGCUCUUGAGAGGGUGGUGGACGUAUUCAUGACAUGGUUCCCUUUAUACGGUGAAAUGAAGCUGGCACUUAUUAUCUACCUAUGGUAUCCAAGGACCAAGGGAACCGGUUAUGUAUACGAGACCCUGUUGCGGCCGUACGUAGCUAAGCAUGAAACAGACAUUGAUCAUAAGUUGCUGGAGUGGAGGGCAAGAAUGUGGGACUUGGCCAUUUUCUAUUGGCAAAACUGCUCGGAAUUAGGACAGUCGGCAUUCUUCCAAGUCAUGCAGUACUUCGCUGCUGGAAGGUUCAAUCCCACUAACAAUGAGAGGGCCCAGAAUAAUCGUUCGAGCACGCCCCAACCGCCCCCAAAUGGUGCAGCCAACAAGCAAGCCAGCCGGUCGGACAAAAACAAGUGGCCUCCGAGUCCGAGUGCCCCACCACUGUCCGGCAGCUUGUUCAACCGCAUCAUUGCCCAGCCAGCGAAAUUCGAAGCAGAGUACUUGCGCCCUGACGACGAGUACAGCCAGGAGCGCGGCCCAGCCGAUUUCCCGGAAAACAAUUCGAGCAAAAACUCGCACCAAGGUCACCUAAAUUUUAGGCGCUCUAAACCACAUUAUUGAGAAUUGUACAAAUACCUCUAUUCUUUUUGGAAAAUUUGGAAAUCUUAUUUCAUUCUUUUCUUCUUGUAAUAUAUAUUUUCCUGUCAUAAGCUUUAGACAUUCUCUCUGGGGGUUUGCCAUUGAAAAUGGUGUAAAAAAAAAAAAAAAAAAAGGUGUAAAAAAAAAAAAAAAACUCAAAUCACUUUCACACACAUACAAGUCAUGGGCAUCGGAAGGUUGCCGUGAAGGCGGACGAUUGCCGUCAAUGUGACCGACGCUAUCUUCUCGUCCGGAUUCGAAAGGCCUGGAGAAUCCGAUCGAAAAGCUCGGUCAUGGCAGGAACGAGAUGGCUUUGAAUAAAGGCGAGGCAGGCGGUGAGGCUUGUGGAGAGUCUGAGGCAGACGCGGCGGAGGAAGUGUGGGCCGGAGGAGCUUGGGGAGGAGGACAUAGGCUGGAGGUAGGCCCAUGCGGCCUGCUUCACGAGGCGGUUGCGGAUUGAUAUCUGGUACCCGGAGUUAGCGGCGGUGGGGGACGCGACGGUUGCGUCGGACGAGGAGGGAAGCAGGUCUUUCAAGGAGGUGUAGGCCAGAGAGGACUUGAGGGAGGAGACGAGCUCGAAGUCUAGAGAAGGUGCGGUGCCGUUUUGGAAGGGGAAGCUGUGGGAGCCUUGAAGCGGCUUGGUGGUGGUGUUUGGGAGAGAUAACUUUGCGGGGACCUCCACCGGAGUGGCGAUCGAGUUCCUGCGUCGCAGAGCCGAUGAUCGCUUCGGCGGCUGCUCUGGAUUUAGCUCGGCGGAAUGGUCCAUAGAGAAUUCCAGAAGGGGUAGAGAGAAAGACGGAUGGGUUCGAGUUCUCAGUAAAAAGAGAAUAGUUUGGCAGCGGCGGCUACCUCUUUAGCCUGUGCGACUAUCGUCUCCUAUCUUUUUAUCCGACAGUUGGGUGCGUGAAUGUGGAUCAUGUGUUCAGUGUUGUGUUGUCUGUGAUUUUCCGAAAUUCCCUUUCUGACUAUAACAUUUCCGAUAUUAUUCUUCUUGUUAUCCCAAAGUUUUAUUAAUAUUUAUACACGACGCUCGAUGCUAUUUCCCCUGUUAA